UGUGCGAGCCGAGCUCUUGGAUAGUGAGAACAGUUUGAUCCGUACACGAAAGAAAGAAAUAUGCAAAGUUUAAACAUGGACAACUUCCAAGAAAAAUGUGAAAAUUCUCUGCUAGAUCUAAGCUUCGAAAAUAUUGGUUCAGCGCUUGCCACAGAAAGUACGGUAGAUAACAAAUUUGGAAAGGAUGAAAAUAGUGCAGAUUUACUGUUCUCCUAUACGGCCGAACCAGAAGCAAAAUCAAAGGAUGGUGAUGUUUUCGAUGAGUGCAUGCCCAUGGCCAACAGCACUUACAGCAAUGAACUGUUGAGCGAUAAGGACGAACCGUUUUCGGUAGUGGAGCAAAUUCCUGCACCAUCCCAAAACUCUACGAACGAGCUGAACAAUGCAGAGUUAAAGGAUGAAGUUGAGAGUGACUACAUGAAUCCUUACGCAAACGUACGGCCACAGAAGGAGGAAAAACCCAGUCUCUUCGACGAGUCAGCUGCUGCACCUUUUUCUGAUGUUCAGCCGGAUUUGCAACCGGAACCAGAAAAAAACAUAACUCCAGCAUGCGAUGUUCCACACACAUCCGACAGUGUAGCUGCCAAAGUUGGAGCCGAAGCUUCUAAUGAAUGCAUAAAGAUUGAACAAAUGUUUAAGGACUAUGGAUUGGAUACUUGGUUUAAUCCAGCAAGACUACACCCCAAAGUGGAAUCUCUCAUUUACUGGCGUGAUAUAAAGAAGUCAGCAGUGGUUUUCGGUGGCGGACUUGCCAUUUUGCUGGCCAUGUCUCUCUUCUCGCUGAUCAGCGUAUUUUCAUACCUAUCGUUGCUGCUGUUGUUCGGAACGAUUUCUUUUCGGAUUUACAAGAACGUACUGCAGGCCGUUCAGAAAACUGCUGAGGGUCACCCAUUCAAGGAUUAUUUGGAAAUGGAUCUUACCCUGUCGCAGGAGAAGGUCCAGCAAUUGGCUACCUUUGCAGUGGCUCACGUGAAUGCAUUAUUGACCGGAUUGCGGCGCCUGUUUUUGGUAGAGGAUCUUGUAGAUUCGAUCAAGUUUGGUGUUCUGCUGUACUGGUUGACAUAUGUUGGAGCGAUCUUCAACGGUAUUACAUGCGUCAUGAUUGGAUUCGUCGCUUUGUUCACCUUGCCAAAAGUAUAUGAAAACAACAAACAGUCGAUUGACACUCACAUAGAGAUAGUUCGAAGCAAAAUUCAGGAAAUUACCGAAAAGGUAAAAGCCGCUGUACCACUGGGCAAGAAGACGGAAACCGAGAAAACCAAGUAAAGACGUACUUUUUCAAACGCGGUUCAAAGGCACAAGCGAGCCAUCGGUUAGAGAAGAAGAAAAACUUGCUAAACCAGGAUAUUAUUAGCAUUCGACUAUUUGCUGUUGUUUGUCAUUUGCUUUCGAAGUUUUACGCAAACCUUUACGUUUGAAUCUGCUUUGUAAUGCCAUCAUCCUGAAGAGUGUGUUACGUGAAGAAAUGGAAAUCAAAAUUUUUAAUGUCCGUAGGCUUCUUGAAUAGUAACCAUUUAUAACACUUCUAAGAUUAAACGAUCGAACAAAAAAAAAUGAGAAAGAGAGGAGAAAAAUAAGGAGGUCCAUAAUGUAGCGCGUGCGAUGGAGGAGUCGACAUUGAGAUUAUGUGGCUUGCCACGUAGCCGGUAACAAAAAGAAAAUAGUGUUAUUUCUCUUAAGAAAAUAUAACAUACCUUGAAGUUGCGUGUGAUUGUACUGAAAUUGAGCGUUGCGAAUGCUUUAUUGGCACAGCCAAAUUGUAAUGUUUUGUUUUCGAGCCCACCUUUCCAAUUAUGUUCGGCAUGCCUUGUGUACCCUCGUUGGUUUUUGUACGUUUUAAACUAUUCCCACCCUUCGUUUUAUGGAAAGACGGAAGAUUUUGACGAAAAUGGAAACAAGACAAAGAAAAACCUAAAGCUAUAGGCCAAUACAACACUCCAUGUAGAAUUUACAGCACGUGCUUAAAUUACACUAUAGAAGAAAAAAAAAACAUUUGAAAAUGAAUAUUGCAAAUCUCGAGUAUGGAUAAAAUAAUCACAACCAACAUUAAGCUGCAUGUUUCGCCAUAGCUAGAAAAUAAAACUACAGACCUUUCUAUCUUAA